AUGGAGUGCAACAAAGAUGAAGCAUUGCGCAUUAGACAGAUGGGCGAGACUUGUAUGAAGGAGUCGAAUUAUGUACGUGCACAGAGUCUGUUCAACAAGUCCAAACGAAUGUUCCCAACAGAUGGUAUAGAUACAUUGAUAGCAGAGGCAGAGUCACGUCAACAACAAAAUCCACAACAACAACAUCAACAAUCAGUGCCACUGAGUAGCAAUAGCAAUGCAGUUGUCAUACAACCUAUUGAAUCGGUGCAGGUCGAAGUCACGGCCGAGCAACUCGAGAUCAUCAAAAGAGUAAUCAACGCCAAGACUCACUACGACAAGCUAUCUCUUCCCCAAACCUGUACCGAACAGGAUAUUUCAAAGCAGUAUAGAAAGCUUGUCGUUCUGCUGCACCCUGACAAGAACAAGGGACCAGGAUCACAACAAGCAUUUCAAGAGAUCACAACCGCCAAGGAUAUAUUGGUCGACACUGACAAGAGGAACAAAUAUAACAUCGAGCUAACGAGUCUCGCGAGCAGGAAUAGAAGUGCUCUACCUGCAACAGACUAUACAGCCAAAUGCCCAGACUGCCAAGCUGUUCACGCGCUAUCAACUUCUGUUCAUACGGGUUUCGAGCAAUCGCAAACAAUGUUGGUGUGCUUUAGAUGUCAGAAGUUGUUUGCGAUGGUGCGAUGCACAUACUGCUUAUCGGUCUAUGUGCUUGGACACAGGUUCAUGGCAAAGGAUGGCACGGAAGUCAAGUGCAGCUUCUCAGGCUGUGAGCGAAGAUUUGUACUUCGCUUCCCCAAGCAUCAAGCGCGACCCACACUGCACAUCGGUCGACCCACGCCCGCUCCAAUACCUGCGGCCAAUGCGUUUGAGGAUUGGUUCACCAAGUUGCAACAAUCAAAGAAGCCUGCGACGCCAGCGGCAUCAAUCCCAAUCCCAACACCGACGACACCAACUCCAACACCAACUCCAACAACAACUGCAUCUUGGAAACCUGCGCCAACUAUCCCGCCAUUCGUGGCAACACCAAAACCAACACCUCCAGUGUCAACCAAACCGAUGGCCACUCAAUCACAAUCAACUCACAAGACAGACAAAAGCACCAACACCAAUAACACCAGCGCAAACACAUCAGCAGAGGCCAACGCAUCAUCGGAGGCAAGGAACAAUCACACAAACACCAACAACAACAACAGCAACAAUAACACCUUUUUCAAUCAUUCAUCUUCUUCGCGGCAACAACAGCAACAGCAACAGCAACCUCAACCGCAGCAAAAUAUCUUUGCUCAAAGAUCACAACAGCCCAAGCCAUCAGAUACAACACGAACAACGACGACGACACCUCCUGCCCCCAAACAAGACAAUCCCAGUGUUGUAAUCGACUUGGAGUCUGAUGAUGAAGCAAAAGAGACCACAACCUCAUCCUCCUCUUCAAGUCGGCCACUACCCAAAGCACAACCUCAAGCUCAAGCACAAGAACCAGCGACUACCACGACGACGACAUCAGCAACGACUUCCACUUCCACUUCGACGAAAUCACAGCAACCUCAACAGGAUGACAUUGAGGAAAUCGAAAGCUCACAAGGAUCGCAAUCAUCAUCGGGUCGACUAAGAAAGAAGCCAUCGCCCGACUCCACCACAGGUACCACCACCUCCAAGAAACUGUCACAGGAGCCAGACACCAGCGGGCUUUGCGAUGACUUUAUGAUCAACAUCAGCUCAAUGUCAACGAAACAACCGACCAAGAGUACGACCACCAGCACAAGUACAAGCACAAGCGCCAACAGCACCAACACAAGUGCGAACAUGAACACAGGCGCGAACACGAACACGAGCGCCACAAUGAGCACAAGCAAGAGCAGUACAACGAUCAAACAACCUACGACGAGCACGACGAGUCCACUCAACAACGCGAAUACUACAACCAGCAAUACCUCAAACAAGUUCACUUAUCAACAGCCUCAGAUCUUUGGCGGCCACAAGUCAUCAGCCCCAUCGACCUCGACCUCAACAUCUCAAUCUACGACAGCACCUGGUGCCAGUUCAUCAUCGUUUCGCUUCCCACGAGCCUCAAACUCACCAAUCAUCCAUUCAGCGACCAAGCCCGCAAAUGUCACGCCACAACCACAGCUACAUCCACAACCAACAACAGCAGCAACAUUGGCAACAGAUAAGAAGAAGACUCAUGGUGCUCACAUUGAGGAUGAUUUGGAUGAUCUUGACAUGCCCUCGCAAGGUGAUGAGCUGUGGCCACCCAAGCCACGCUUCACAAGGAUUGCUACGGACAGUGAUGAUGAUGAAGAAGUUGCCGUGCAGCCACACAAGAAGAAGAGGUCGUCCACCGAGGACACAACCAAGUCUGCCAAGAUCGACGGAUUCUUUAGCAAGGUGAAUCCCGUCAAACCAACAAACAACAAUCACAUGGUGAUUGAAGAUGACGAUGUAGACCAAGGCAGUUGGUCACAGCCAUCAACACAACCAACCGUACCAGCUCCAGUGCCAUCACCAUCAGCCGCAACAACUGCACAACCACAACCAUCGGCAACUACAUCCACGACGACGACGACCACGACCACAAAGUCGACAACAAAGCCAACACCAGCUCCACCUCACGCAAGCAUAUACAUGCCAAAGGGUCCUUUGAUACCAGCAGCAUCGAUCUACAUCCCAGUACACCCUCCACCCAGACCACAAGCAUCUUCUCCACACUCAAACGACCACGACUAUCAAGACCACGACUACGACACUGAAGACUACGUUGAAUAUAACCCGAUGCUUGAGGUCCAACACAGGUACGAAUUGGAGCAAUUUAAGAAUAAGAACGAACACACAACCAAUGGCAAUGGGAACAAUGGCAGUGAGAGAAAAGGCAAUGUCGAAACAUUCAAGAACAGCUCAAAGGAUACACUGGAACGUAGUGGAGUUAGUGCGGCCACUCCUGUAGCGCCACCAAAGCCAAGCGAGGAUGUGGAGAUGGCCGAGCCAGAUGAUAAUGAUCAAGACGAGGUCGACACGGAGGAUGGCUGGAACGUCAAGAGGAAGUUGGAGAAGGUGCCCCAUCAUGAUACUGUGGUGCUAAAGAAGAAGAAGACCAGUCAUCAGACCUUCACUCCUUCCGUCACUGACUUGGACGGUGUCGACAAGUCCGACGGCGACGAGUCUGCAACAGACCUUGACGGGUUGGACAUGGGCGACAAGGACACAGGCAGAUCACCUCUUAAGAAGCAGAAGAGAUCACAUCAACCAUCGCAGGAGGAGAGCAUAAAGGAGUCACGGGAGGAGAUCGAGCAAAAGAAGUUGCGCGAGAGGAACCUGAGGAAGAAGAUUGAGUUGGUCGAGCAAGAGCGCAAGGAGAGGGAGCGCGAGCGAAAGAGGAAGGAGUCAAGCGCGACAGUCAUACAUAGCAGUCUAAAGAGGAAGACGACAGCGGACCUCUUUGACGAAGCUUCGACCGAGGAAGAGGAGGACGACGACGACGAAGUCAUUGUACAGAACUCUAGGCUGAAGCAACGCCGAACCGAUCAACAUACAACACCGACGACAACACCAAACAAGCGAGCCAACACCGCAGCCAUCGCCACCCCAGCAUCGACCGCACACAAGAAGACAAGUCCAGCGGCGUCAAAGAAGGCGAGCCCAAGCGGGCGAUCUCAUAAGAAGGCCAAGACCAUUGUCGACCCCAAGCAAUCAACCAUUUCAUCAUUCGUUCAAGCGAGCAAGGUGAAGUAG